CAAGUCAAUAAUAAGAUAAUAAUCAAAAAUUGACGAGGUAAAGUUUAGUUCGUUGCCAUAGUUAUUUACCAAUUCUAAAAUUUUCCCAAGUUAUAUAAUACAUUAUUUCAAUUCUAUCCAUCAGUAAGUCAAUGUAUCUCUCAAAAAUUAGACAUUAUUUCCGCAAAAAUAUUACAAGUUAAAAAAUGAAAUAGAAAAAAAAAAAAUAAGAAAAAAUUUUUAAAGCUGGUGUAAUGUGGAUAUGUCGUGACGAUUUUAAUUACAUUGUCAAAAAACAAGAUAAACAAAAAAUAUGUUUUGGAUCAGGAAGACCAAGAGACCUAGAUUCCAGAAAUGGCAUGACUUCAUUUAUGCGUUAUUAUACACCUGAAAAUUAUACAAAUAUAUCACCUGGAAAAUACAAUGUCAUUGAGUCAUUUAAAGCUGCAACAGUUAAACCAUGUUCAAAAAGUUUUAGUAAAAAAGGCUACAGUGGUCUUGCCAGAUUUUCAACUCUACAAAAUCAUCAAGAUGAUUAUCCAGCACCAGGUGAUUACAAUGUCUCAUCAUUUCCAGCUAAAGUCAAGGACACUAGUAAAUAUCCAUUUGGAACUACUGCCAAAAGAAAAACUCAACAAAUCAAUGACAAUCCAGGUCCUGGUGUGUACUCAAACUUGAUGCCACGAAAAAAAAAUAUAAUAUUUGAUCACAGUUUUGGUGGUAAUGCUAAAAUGCGACUUGGAGUUGAUAUUAAAUGUUGCAAAAAAAACAUUGAUAUUUGUAAUGUUUGUAACAAAAAACCAGACGGUGAUUAUUGGCAUUUAAAUGAUAGAAUUUUUAUUUGUCGAGGAUGCAUGAAACAAGAACGUAAAAAAGUAUUUAAAUAUCCUAAAAAUUAUUUUAAUAAUUUUACGAAAAUACGUGAUUGUUCAAUGAUACACUCACAUGAAGGAACUGAUGCUAAAUUGUGGCUGAUGAAUCCAGGAAUUAUUGAAAAGUGGCUACAAAAAGAAGCCUAUCUUUCGUUGUACUUCAAAGACUAAAAAUAUACAAUUACCUUAUCGAAAUUAAUAUUAAAUAUAUAGUAAUUUAU